AUGCCUGUUGAUCACAGACAUCUCCUAUCGCUGUUAGAUGAUUUAAUGAAACCAAUAUCCACUGUUAAAAUCUCACCACAAGAUGAAGAACACGAACAAAUUCUAACCAUAAAUCUAAUCUUUUCCAAUGCUUGUGAGCGUUUUCUCGAAACCAGUACAUCCCUGAAUUCAACUCUAUCACUGAAUAAUGACCAUCCUGCAUAUUACCGCUAUUUACAAGUUCAUUUACAUCUUCUCGAGCAGCUGCUGAUUUGUGAGCAAGCUCAUCUUUCAUCGCCCAUACCGUUAUUUAGCAUUCAGGACGAAUCGACUCUUUCUCGUUCAUUGUCGUUUGCUAUUUUCCUUGGUGUAAUCCUUCACUUUGAUGAGGGUAUCUACGUCUCGAUUGAAAACUAUCUCAAGAAUCCAAGUUCAUCAGUUCAUUUCUUAAAACUUCGAACAGACCUGACGCAUCAUGAUCGAAUGUUUUAUCUGCGAGAAACAUUAACUCAUCUAAUGAAAUGGAUUCAAACGACAAAUGUCAAGUCAUUCAUUACCCAUCGAUUAUGUUCAUAUAAUUUAUUAGAAUUAAUUCUUAGUCAUUUACAAUUACUGUAUUCGCCAAACUUGAAAUAUGCAAACAUAGAAUUCUCCUCGGACGGUUUCGAGUAUCUCCAGACGAACUUUUCUAAUCUAUUCAUUCAACAAAUUAUGCUCCUGAAUCGCCUGUUGUCUACAACAGCCAACAGUCCUCUGUGGCUCAAGACACGUUGUGGAGAAAUACUAACAUCGAUAUUGAUUCAUCCAAACAAUCAAGGUGUUCGUCAAAUAUUUCAGACCAUUCUCGACUCGUCAUCAGCCAAUGAUCGUCUGUAUGUCUCGAUGGCACAAAUCCUUUCUACCUGUCCUAAACAAUUCAAACCAGAAGAAUAUAUCAAACGAAUGAAAACUCAACUACUAGAACUCUUUCAUGAAGAACGUUAUACAAUCAUCAUUUCUUUAGCAAUCAAUCAACUGUAUCGAAGAUUCCCGAAAUUAAUGAAAGAUGAAAUCUUUCCAAGUUUAUUUCAGUUGUUAAUCUCAUGUCGAGAUCAGUCAAUGAAGCAUAUCUGUACAGAAGAACAAUUGGAAGUAUUCAUUCAUGAUCUAUACAAUUUGACAAGUCCUAUUCCUAAUGAACAGCUUCGACAUUAUCUCUCGGAGGCUCAUCUAUCAGAAUUAAUCAAUAUCUAUUUCGCUCUGGAACAAUCUUUAUCUGCAUUGAAAACGAGAUUCUUUCAAAUUUUAGUAACUAUCUUUUCAUCGAUGGAAAACGAACAAUGUUUUGAAUGUUUUCAACGCAUUCUAUUCCAUCAACAAGUUUUUUCUUUCAAAUAUGUGCCCGGCCAGGAAUCCACUUUUAGCUUGAUUGUCGAAAACGAUUCCACUGAUAACAAUCUGCAACUCAUCUGCCAGUUAUUAACCAAACUUUUAUUUGCAAUCGAAAAUAACGAAAGAUUGGUCGUUAAAAUCUUUCUUCAUUUCUUACAAUUACUAGUCACCGAGAAGAUUUCCAACGACGACUUACUGUGGUCUGAGAGUGAGACUCAACGAAAUAUCAAACAAUUGAAAAUCAUGGAAAUGUUAAAAUCUCUUCUGGAAUAUCUAACUGAACACAUUGAUAUAUUCAUUAAAAAUGUCGAUGAUACGAUUCGCGUCAUUCAGAUAAUUCUCGAGAAAAUAAGCAAGACUUACCAAAGCAAAUCUUCUGGCACACUUUUAACAAAGACGACUGAUGAAGACGACGAAGAUCUACCAGCCGACAAUGAAGCAUUACAACUUGUAUUCACUAUUGCGUCAUUAUUGAUCACCCAUUAUGAUCAAUUAUCAUCCGAAAAUAAACAAAUUCUCGCUUCGUUUCAUCCGGCAUUGAAGCUUAUCGAAGGAAAACAUUCCAAUCCUGAACUUCGUCAACUAGCACACGAGUUAUCGACUGCGUUUGUCACAUUUGGUGCCGUCAAAGAAAGCAGUACGACAACUUCAAAUAUUUUAAUCGAAGAAGUCAACGAGGAGCGCGAUCUACGUGCUGAAACAUUCGACAAUGCCUAUGCUUGUCUCAAAGAUCCAAGUAUUCCGAUUCGUGCACACGGCUUGAUCUUAUUUCGACGUUUGAUCGAACGAUCUGAUCACGAAACAUUGAUGAAGAUUCGAGAAAAUGAUAUGCAAUUGUUGAAAUGUUUUCAAGAACAUUUGCAUGCCGAAGAUUCUUAUGAAUAUCUAGCAGCAAUUAACGUUCUUCAUGCAUUAGCAAAUCAAUACACGGAUGAAAUUCUUCCUCGGCUUUGUAAUGAAUACAUAAAUCCGACGAGAAAACUAGAGGAUCGAUUAAAAGUCGGUGAAAUUCUUGUGAAAACAUGCCGCCUUUUAGGUGAUAUGUCGACGAAAUAUUCCUCGUUAUUGGUCAACACAUUCUUGAAUGCAUCGAAGCCGUCCGAGGACGAGAUGACUCGUGCCAGUGCGCUAUCGAAUCUUGGUCAAUUGUGUACCGUAUUGAAGUAUUCAUUGUCGAAAGACUUAACUGAAAUUUUGCACGCGUUGAGAAAUUAUUUAUCGAUCUUUGAAUCAGACGAGGUUCGACGUGCGUCGAUUCUUGUUUGCGAACUACUUUGCCAAUCACUUGAACAAUCGACAUGGUUAACAGUACUCGGAAGUGAACUGCCAUCAUUCUACCAGCUAAUUAAUCAAUUGUAUAAAAAUGAUAAAGAUGAUAUCGUGCGCUUACACGCUCAGAUAGCGUUAGAAGCGUUGAAUGCGAUCUGUCAAGAUUUUCUUCAGCCACCUGUGAUUUUAGAGAAAAAAAUUCAUGUUUUAUCAUGA